AUGGCAUCUGCCAAACAUGGAUUUGCCUUGGUCACUCCUGCAUCAAGGGGUCUAGGCUUUGCUUUUGCUCAGCAAUUGUUAGCAAAGACCCAACUCCCAGUCGUGGCAACAGCACGCAAGAAUUGUGCAGACCUCCGCGAUAAAUUACUUUCUAGUGAAGGAUUACCUCAGGAUGCAGAGCAAAGACUUCGUGUACUUGAGGUUGACGUGACGGACGAAACCACAAUAUCAUCAAUGGCAGAUACAAUACGCCAAGAUUAUCCCAAAACUCCACUUCGGAUAGCGUUGGCCAUUCCUGGAAUCUUACAUGUAGAGAAAUCUCCAGCACAGAUUGGUGCCGAAAGUGCUCUACACAGUUUCCAAGUCAAUGCCCUUGGCCCAUUGUUAUUGAUGAAACAUCUCUCUCCAUUUCUCCCAACAAAAUCCUCACCUGAAUUUCCCAUUUCCGAAAACCCGGAAUCAGAUAAUGAGCUAAAACUACCCUCACAUGCAAUUUAUGCUAUGAUGGCAGCCCGUGUGGGCUCGAUUUCGGAUAACAAUUCCGGAGGCUGGUAUUCAUACCGAGCAAGCAAAGCAUCUGUAUAUCAGAUUGCAAAGACAUUCGAUCUCUAUCUUCGUGGAAGAUGUGCUGAAAAAGCAUUGGCUGUGGCUUUACAUCCUGGCACUGUGCGUACAGAUUUUACAAAAGAGUUUUGGAGUGGUCGAGAGAUGCUCGAACCUUUGGAUUCCGCAUAUCGUAUUCUACAGUUCCUCGCUGGAAUGCCAGCUGGCUCUAAGGAUGGCAGAGGGAGAUGCUGGGACUGGAAGGGCGAGGAGGUUUUACCAUGA